AUGAAAGGAUGGGAAUAUAUUCCAAUAUUUGACUAUUUUGUUUCCCAGUUUAAAGGUAGAGGGUUUAUUGUUUUAAAUGAUACAUAUGUUACGGAUGAUAGUGGAACAGGAAUUGUGCACCAAGCUCCAGCAUUUGGCGAAGAGGAUUACCGUAUAUGCCUCGAAAAUAAAAUUAUUACUGAAGAUGGGUUCCUUCCGUGCCCAGUUGAUGAACAAGGUCGUUUCACUCAAGAAGUGGCCGAUUUUGCCGGAAUCUACGUUAAAGAAGCAGAUAAAAACAUCCAAAAAAUUUUGAAACAAAAAAACCGGUUAAUUAUUCAAUCUCAAUUGAAACAUAGUUAUCCUUUUUGCUGGCGGUAA